AUGUCCACACCCACAAAAUCUGCACCCGCGUCAACAGUUCAAGCCAAAGAGAAGUGCCAGUUUCACGACAUACAAGGCCACCGUCUGUCCGAGUGUAUUGCCUUUGGCAGAAAACCUAUUCAAGAGAGACGACAGUUCUGCAUGGACAGAGGUCUGUGCUUCAAGUGCGGUUCCAACCACCGAAUGAAGGAGUGUGAAACGAAAGUGCAGUGCAGAAAAUGCAAAAGCACCGAACAUGCCUCCUUCAUGCAUAUCAACCAGAAGCAGAACGAGGGGGAGGUACAGAGCGAGAAGCAACCAGCAAAUAGCCACAAGGAUGUAGUUGCCAAUACGAAGUGCACCCGGUUCUUGACCUGUUCCUCGGCAAGGUCUUGCUCCAAGAUUGUUCUCUGCAAGAUCUACCACAAGGAUCAUCCCAAAAACUCCAUCCUUGGUUAUGCAGUGCUGGAUGACCAGUCCAAUGCCUGUUUGGGAGGCCCAGAAGUAUUCGAAGCACUCAACCUUGCAGGCCCCGCUUUUCCGUACGAGCUUUCUACCUGCGGAGGGAACAAAAUCACAUCGGAAGGAAGACGAGCGUGUGGCCUGAUUGUUGAAUCACAAGACGGGAAAACUGAACAGCUACCUACCGUCAUCGACAAUGCCUACAUUCCUGGUGACAGGAGCGAGAUUCCAAACCCUGACCUCUGUGAAAACUUUCCCCACCUCAGGCCAAUUGCUGCAAAGAUACCAGAGGUGCGAGACGACAUCAACAUCAUCCUUCUCGUCGGAAGAAAUUGCCCUGAGCCUCUGAAAGUUCGAGAAUCGCGUAAUGGUCCUAGAGGAACACCAUGGGCGCAACAAGGUGCCCACACCAACUCAGAUGGAAACCUGGAGUUCCCUCUACCCUUCAAGCAACAUCAGCCAAACCUGCCCAACAACCGUCCUCAGGCCCAAAGCAGACUAGACAACCUCUUGGAGAAUCUACGUCGUAAGCCAAAGAUGAUGUCAGACUACAUUGCCUUUUUUGACAAGAUCCUAACCAGAAACCACGCCAGCCGAGUACCUGCGAAUGAGCUGUGCCCUCUUCCUGGGACGGUGUGGUACCUUCCACACUUUGCCGUACAUCAUCCCAAAAAGCCGGAAAUCAGAGUGGUUUUCGACGCCAGUGCGGAGUUCAAAGGCAUCUCCCUCAACAAAGCACUCCUCCAAGGGCCGGACAUGAUGAACAGUCUGUUGGGGAUUCUCCUUCGAUUUAGGCUAGCCGAAGUUGCUGUGAUGGGGGAUGUGGAACACAUGUUCCAUAAUUUCUACGUCAACACAGAGCAUCGUGAUUAUCUGCGCUUCUUGUGGUUCGACGACAAUGACCCUACUAAACCAACAGUAGAAUACAGGAUGAACGUCCACCUCUUUGGCAGCAUCUCAUCCCCUGCUGUAGCAACAUUCGGUCUUAGAAUGGUUGCCGACGAGUGCGAAUCUACUCAUGGGGCUGACGUGAAGCAAUUUAUCCACAAUGACUUCUACGUCGAUGAUGGGCUUACAUCACAACGAGACGCACAGACUGCCACAAAUCUGGUCCAACGUUGUAGAGAUGCCCUGGCCACCAAGAACUUGCACUUCCAUAAAAUUGGCUCCAACAGCAAGGAAGUCAUGAACGCUCUUCCCAAGGAAGAGAGAUCCAAGAACCUGAAGUGCAUAGAUCUCUGCCAAGAUGAACUACCUACCCAACGAUCCCUAGGAGUGUACUGGUCCCUUGAGCGAGACACCCUCACGUUCCAAGUUGACCUGCAAGACAAACCCUUCUCACGGCGGGGAGUCCUUUCGGUGGCAAGCUCCAUCUAUGAUCCGCUGGGUCUAGCAGCACCAGUCACCAUUGAAGGGAAAUUCAUCCUACGAGAGCUUAUGGCGGCCUCAAAAAAGGAGCAAAACUCGCCUCAGGAUCUUUGGGACCGUCCACUGCCUCAGAGCUGUCUCCCAAGAUGGACCCGCUGGCGCAAUUCUCUACUCAACCUUCAAGACAUCCAUGUUCCCCGCUGUUAUCAUCCUACAGACUUCGGCCAUGUCAACAGACGAGAAAUUCAUGUCUUCUCUGAUGCUAGUGAUCUAGCAAAAGCAGCGGUCGCCUACUUGAGACUUGUCAACGAAAACAACCAGUCACAUGUGUCCUUCCUUCUGGCUAAGGCGAAAGUCACACCUCCCCAUGCGGUAUCCAUACCACGACUGGAGCUGUGCGGGGCAGUGCUGGCAACUACACUGGUGCAGACUGUUGAGCCAGAGAUCAGAGCACGAGCAGCUAUCGACAGUACCACCUACUACACCGAUAGUAAGGUAGUCCUUGGCUACAUUUCCAACCGAUCUAGACGUUUCCAUGUGUAUGUGGCAAAUAGAGUGCAUAAAAUACACAAUGUGUCAACACCCAACCAGUGGCACCACGUGCCAACAGACGAGAAUCCUGCGGACCUGGCAUCUCGCUCAGUCCCUGCUAACCAACUUAGCACCUCGACUUGGUUUAGAGGACCAGACUUCCUCUGGCAGCAAGACCCCUCUCCAACGCAGACCGAAGCAUCUGCCAGUCAUGAAAUUCCACUUGACGAUGACGACCCCGAAGUGCGGAGAGAAACGCGCGUCAACCACACGAACGUCAGUGACCAACCCAAGAGUCCAGUCACCAUGGCCCAGGGAUCGCAAUUGGGAUGUAAUAGGUUCUCACGCUUUUCUACCUGGGCAUCCCUCAGACGUGCAGUGACAACCCUCAUUGUUGCAGUUAAAACCUUCAAGUCGAAACGGGAAGGGAUCAGUGACGACAACCGGCAAGCUGACAAACCCCGCAGACGAGCAUCUGUUGCAGAGUUGCAGAAAGCAGAUCGUGUGAUCUUCCAUGCAGUACAGAAAGAGUACUUUGGAGAGGAACUGGCCAGCCUCAUCACCAACAGUGAUCUGGAGCAAGCUUCGACAAAUGCCAUAAAGAAGAAAAGCCCCAUGUACCAGCUAAGCCCCUUCAUUGACAACGAUGGACUCAUCAGAGUCGGAGGAAGACUGCGAAGAGCCGACCUCGAUCUAGGGGGACGUCAUCAGGUUCUCCUUCCCAAGAACAGCCAUGUUUCCAAACUCAUUGUGAAACACUUUCAUCAAGAGGUCAAACACCAAGGAAGGCAUUUCACCUUCGCAGCUAUUCGAGCUGGAGGCUUCUGGGUCAUCGGCGCUCAUGAUCUUGUCAGAAGUGUCAUCAACCAGUGCACCAUCUGUGCGAAGCUAAGAGGCAAGUUUCUCACUCAAGUCAUGGCCGACCUACCUCAAGACCGGCUCCAGCCAACGCCCCCUUUUACCAAUGUUGGAACAGAUGUAUUCGGACCCUGGACCAUUGUGACGAGAAAAACCAGAGGCGGCUCAGCAGAUUCCAAACGAUGGGCUGUAAUCUUUACGUGCCUCUCCACUAGAGCUGUCCACGUUGAGGUCAUUGACUCCAUGGACACCUCAGCCUUCAUCUGUGCACUUCGAAGAUUUGUUGCAGUUCGUGGACCGGUCGCCAAAAUCAGAUGCGAUAGAGGAACAAACUUCGUAGGCGCCAAGGGCGAGCUGAACCACGAACAAGUUGGGAGGUACUUGACUACCAGGAGUUGCGAGUGGGUGUUCAACCCCCCACACGCCUCGCACUUUGGAGGAGUUUGGGAGCGGCCAAUAGGAAUCAUCCGACGUGUCCUGGAAUCAAUGUUUGCCCAACUAGGAAAGCAUCAGCUAACCCAUGACGUACUGGUGACUUUUAUGGCGGAAGCAUGUGCUAUCGUCAACUCGAGACCUAUCACUACAGUCUCCUCAGAUGCCAAUGACCCCCGACCACUCACUCCUGCCACGCUCCUCACCCUGAAGACUCAGACACUUCAGGCACCUCCAGGUGACUUCGUCAAAGAAGAUCUCUAUGCCAGACAACAUUGGCGUCGUGCCCAGUAUCUUGCAGAACAAUUUUGGCUUCGAUGGCAGAAGGAGUACCUCCAGAGUUUGCAGCCCAGGACAAAGUGGAACAGUACGCAGCCCAAUAUCCGCGAAGGAGACGUAGUUCUGGUCCGAGAUAAGGAGCUCCGGAGGAACAACUGGCCCCUUGCCAGAGUCACGAAGACGUACCCCAGUGAUGACGGCAGAGUUCGCAAGGUCGACAUCAUUGUCUGCUCUGACGGGACGCGCAGAACCUACUUGAGACCUAUCUCGGAGCUUGUGCUCCUUGAGAAGGGUCACGACUCAACACAGUGCUCUACAACCGAGUGA